AUGUUCUUAUUCGAUAGUUUUUCAGAAAGCCGUGUUCGAUCACUCUCUUGGAGGUCCUGUAUUCGCAUCUUAUCGCUUCGGAUCUGCUCAGCUCAUUUCGAAGGAGGUGAAAAAAAGGAAGGAGACAUACCGGUGCCAGACCCUACGGUCGACAAACAGCUGAACAUCGAGUUGCCACCCAAGGAAAGCAAAGGCGGCGAAAGGAAACGUAACAAAGGCAGUCCUCCAAUAUCAAGGUCGCUUGUUGUACGAAAGAGGCAGCUUCCCGAUUUUUUGAGGAACUCUCUCGAUACGAACCCUUGCCCACUGAGCGCUGAGCCGACGACGCCACUACUGCCCGUCGAGCGACCGCAGAACAUUCACGGCAUUAUCGCCAUGUCAUCGGCGAGGAACAUGAACGGACCAGCCGGCGCACGGCCGUUAGUUGCAUUGUUGGACGGUCGCGACUGCACGAUCGAGAUGCCUCUGCUGAAGGAUGUGGCUACGGUUGCGUUCUGUGAUGCGCAAUCCACACACGAGAUCCACGAGAAAGUACUGAAUGAGGCAGUGGCGGCGCUUAUGUACCACUCAAUCAAACUCGAGAAGGAGGACUUGGAGAAGUUCAAAGCAUUGCGGGUAGUGGUGAAGAUCGGCUAUGGCUUCGACAACAUCGAUGUCAAAGCGGCUACAGAGUUAGGUAUCGCAGUAUGCCAUACUCCUGGGGACUGCAUCGAAGAAAUAGCCGACUUCACAAUGUCUCUUAUCUUAAACCUCUACAGGAGGACGUACUGGCUCGCGAAAGCCGUGAGCGAGGGUAAGAAGGUUGUCGGGGCUGAGCACGUACGAGAAGUCGCUGGCGGCAGCAAACGCAUGCGUGGCGACGUUCUUGGUAUCAUCGGAAUGGGGCGCGUGGGAACGGCCGUGGCUCUUCGCGCCCGCUCAUUCGGAAUGAAUAUCGCCUUCUACGAUCCGUUUGUGCCUGAUGGUUACGAAAAGGCAUUAGGCGUCGAGAGGUGUUACGCACUGGAUGAUUUGUUGAUGAAGAGCGACACAAUUUCCUUGCAUUGCCUGUUGACCGACGAAACUCGCCACAUCAUCAACGAACAGACGCUAAAGCAAUGUCGACCCGGUGUAUUCAUUAUCAACACAAGUCGAGGAGGACUCGUUGAUGAGACUGACCUUGCCAACUACCUAAAAUCGGGACAUGUCAGAGGUGCUGCUCUCGACGUACACGAACAAGAGCCCUAUGAAGGGAACGUGAUGAAUCCACUUUCCCAGUGCCCAAAUGUGAUACACACACCUCAUGCCUCUUGGUUCUCGGACAGUUCAUGUAAGGAACUUAGAGUGAAUGCUGCAAAAGAGGUUCGCCGAGCCAUCCUGAAUCGAUUUCCGAAUGAUUUGCUCAACUGCGUGAAUAAGGAGCAGCUCCUAGCGAAUGGUGGAGGUGCUCGAAGGGCAUUAGCAGCUGCCGCCGCUGCAGCCGCCAGUCAGCCCGGACCAAGCAGUUACAAUCCACUAGUGGGAAUGCAAAAUUUCGGUUUCAACGGGUUGCCACAAAUGGGUCAGAUGGGAGCGUUCCCGUACGGUAAUCCACUUCUGGCGAUGGGUGGCAUGAACUUGAAUCCGCUGUUGAUGACUCCAAACUCGGCGGCUCUCGCUCAGUUUGCCAACCCUGCAGCUGCUCUCUCAACGCUCGCUGCGCAAACGUCUCAAGCACCGGUUGUGAACGUCGGCUCUCCAGCUCUCAACGCAACUCCGAGUCCCAACGCGACAUCCGGAAAGUUGGCCAGUCCCCAAAAUGGAGGUAUCACACCUCCGUCGCCAUCAAAUGCUGAAGUGCCAGUGUCGUUGUCUGCGAACUUGCCUGCUGCCACGGGCGCUUCCGGAGAGGAGAUCCGCCUGAAAACCGAGAAGGAAGAGCCUGUCGAGGUUAACGGGCAAGGCGAAAACGAGCUGAAUGGUACCAACAACGACGAGUAGUACUAGGCAGAGCACGCCUCAUGCCCUCCCCUUUUCAUGUAUGAAUUCAUAUACAAAUUUCCGAGUCCAGCAUUUCAAGUGAUUGCACACUACAACGCCGGUUACCUGUCUUUUUCCCUCUAUACUUUGAUGUAUAUGUGCGUGGCCGGACUCAUCGUUCGGGAACGAGUCGUAAAGAGUUUGCCACGAAAUGAUCUCCAUUCUCGGCGCUAGUCUUCUAUAUGCCUCCUUUCAUCCAUAAGUUUUUACUUGUUCCACUUAUUGCCGUUCAAAUGUUUUUUCUCUUCCAAUAUUUGUCUGUGUUUUUUUCGUGUUCUCAUCGAAUCGAAUUUUCGUUCAUUUUUUUCCUCGCACUGCAGCUUUAAAGUGUAUCUACCAGGUGAGAUGCAAUUUGUUGUUUUUGACGACUCCGUUGAACCACAUUGUGACGGUCCAGUUAAUUUUUUAUUCACUUUGUUUUUCUUCCAUUGUUUUGAAGUGAAUAAUUCGGUGAAAAUGAAACGUUGGCUUAUCCAGCGUUCACAUUAUUACUAUAGUGAGGAUGUUAUAAUCGUUGCAAGUGUCAUCGUAAUUGAUUUUUGUUCUCCAUGGAAAACAUUCUGUUUGUGGAAGUUUUGAGCUUCCCUUGCCAUGCAGAAAUAGGUAGGAUAUAUGAGGUUGUCAUCAGUGGUUGUACUUGGGUGAAUCCUACUUAUCGAGGGAUUGUCAAUGAAUAGGUAUGACAUUCGAUCGGCAUAAUAAAAUAUUCUUGAAAGGCUCGCAUGUUUUAUGGC